AAGUCAAGGGGAAAUUAUUUCUACCAAAGAUGCUCAUUCUUCGCUUAAUGACCUUUAUCUUGCAAUAUCCACCUUUUACAUCCAUGAUCCAUUCCUGUCCUCCUCAGUCCUCUUUCAGUUCAAAAGUUGGCGCGGGAAACUGAAACGAGAGUAAACAUGGCGGCAGUUUCCUCAGAUGGUGGUGGAGAAGACGCUACUGAAUUGCAAUUUACGAAAGAGUUUGAAGAUGCGGAAACCUUGUUAAACUCUGAGGUAUUCAUGUUACUGGAACAUCGAAAGAAACAAAGUGAAGAAACGGACGAUGAACAAGAACUUUCUGAAGUAUUUAUGAAAACAUUACAGUAUACGGAGAAAUUUAGUCGCUACAAAAACCGUGAAACUAUAGCUAGCGUAAGAAGUUUGCUGGGUAAAAAGAAGCUUCAUAGAUUUGAAUUGGCUUGUCUUGCUAAUCUUUGCCCAGAAUCAGCUGAAGAAGCAAAAUCACUAAUACCAAGCCUUGAAGGAAGAUUUGAAGAUGAUGAUCUGCAACAGUUACUCGAUGAUAUACAAACUCAUCGAAGUUUUCAAUAUUAAGAAUUAACUUGUAUAUUGUCUUAUAUUCGUUUAUCUCACUGCAAACAACUCAUUACAUAAGUUUUUACUUGAUAAAACAUUUUGCAAUGAAUAAUAUUCAUCCAGGGAUGAUGAAAAAGUAUUCACUUUGAUAAAA